CUCACGCUGGACACUUCGCAGCCCGAGCCCAAGCGUGGGCUCUCCCCUCUGAAGGACAACACAGCCAUGUGUCUGCUCAAGUGCGAUUCACACUCCCUCGCCAAACCUCUCCCUGGGCCAUUUGGAGCUCGCACGCGUCCACGCUCCUUGUUUACCCUGACGCGCCUUUCACGCGCAGCCUUUUUGUUUACCUCUCCGGCAAAUGAGAGAAAGCGGCUGGGACCCUGCGCGGCGAGAGCUAUAAAAACCCCUCGGGCGGCAGCCGCACCAGAACCCAGGCCAGGCUAAACCCCCGAAGGGGAGACACAACGACAAGGAGAGGAGGAAGAGGAAGCGGUGCGCCAGCGGCGUCUGCGCCACUUGGGCUGCCUCGACUGCUGCCAGCGACGCAGCAUGGACAGCUCUCGGCUGCGCCUCUGUGCUUCUCCACCUGGCGCGCACAACGCCCGGAUCUGCUGCGGAGGACAAGCGAGGUCCGGAGGAUUCUGGAGACCUUGGAUUCCCAACCCCAAAGAUGCAGAAAGGCAGCGCAGGCGAAACUACAGGGCGUUGUGCAGCUCUUCGGAGACAGACUCAGCAAAACUCACACAGUAUAUACAUCCAGUCAGGUUAUUCUGGCCCAAAUCAAGGUGCUUUGACUACUUGUAUCAAGAAGCUGAAGCACUUCUGAAGAACUUUCCUGUCCAAGCCACAAUUUCCUUCUAUGAAGAUUCAGAGAAUGAGGAAGAUAGUGAUGACUCGGAACAUGAUUCUGGAGCAGAAUUGGAUUCUUAAUUAUAAUGAAUGUUAAUACCACUGUUCAUAUUCAUUCCUUAAUUUAAUAUUGAUAUCAACAUGCUAUCAUAGUAUUUUAAACUAAUUUAUAUGUAAGUUAUUUUUCAUUAAAAAUCAAGCAUUUUACAUUUUUAUAGAAACAAUAUUGAGUUUUGUUUCAUUUUAUGCCUGCUACACUCCUCUGUUCCUCUGAAAAUAGCAACUCUUUUAUGCUGGUAGUACCAUAGGGCAGCAGAAUUAAUUAGAAUUACAGCUGCAUAGGUGGUUGGAUGCAUUGUGGCAGGGGACAGAAAUAAGAAGGGGUGAGCUUGCAUAUUGGAAUCUGGAUAUAUAUCCAGAUAUAUAUCCCUUAAAAAGAAACUU